AUGAUAAUAAAAGUUUGUGACGUCAACAGGGAUACAAGCAAGCGUAAAGCUGAUGAAGAAAAUGAAGAUUCAAACUUGAGUAUAUAUAAGUAUAGACGCAGAAAAGAUAAGCCUAAUGUUUUCAUUAAUCCGCCUUCGAUUGGUCGCUUUUCGGGUGAACAUUCUCAUAAUAUAUUGGUGGAAGUUGAUGAAGAAAAACAGCAGAAAACUUAUGCCAUACUGCAGGAAUCUAGAUCUGAUUUCAACAAUAACAAGUUACGUUAUAUUUUAUUGAUUUACACAAAUCCUAUUUGGAAUCUCUUCAACCUUUCGUCAAUAUUUAUCGCUUACUUUUUGGAAACAUGUCUCUACACUUUUACAGCGCCGCAGGACAGAUCAAUUUGGAUGAUAAUACUAAUAAUAUCAUUGAAUUUAGUAUUUACUGUUGAUGUUAUAAUUGUUUUUGGAUUAAAAUUCUUUGAAAAAUGGCGAAAGACAUUAAAUUUAGUCGAACCAGAAACAAUUCGAGUAGUUAUUGAUGUUAUAUUGGCAAUGCCAUACUCAUUUUUAUAUUUAAUAAGUACUAUAGAACAUAGCUCGUUUAACAUAUACGCUAUUGCUCCAAUGAUGGCAACUGCACGAGUAUACAGAAUAAUUGAAUAUUCCUACAUUAAGUCCUCACAAGCUGGCACGAAUCAAUGGACGACCUUCUUGGCUCAAUAUUUAAUGCUAUUUCUAUUGUCAGUACACACUUGGACUUGUAUAUGGUACUUAUUCUCGUAUAGACAAUUUGAUAUUUGCCAAAUACAGUCAUCGUGGUCCGCUGCAGUCGUUAAUUUGCCAACAGAAACAACUUUUGACUGGUAUUUUGUUGGCGCCUACUGGUCAGUAAUGAUUUUUACUACAAAUGCUUUUGGAGAUAUUUAUCCGGUGACAACCAAUGAGAGAAUCACAGCAGCUAUUGCUGUAUUACUCGGUUUUUUAUUAACAACUGUAGUAUUCGUAGGUUCUCUUACUUCUUUAUUUAUAACAAUUACUACAAGACGUGCAAAGUACGUACGGCAAUUAAAGAAAAUAAAAAAUCAUUUGUCAUUGAUUAAAAUGGAUGUCGACACAACGAAGCGUAUUAUAAGGUACUACGAAGAUCUUUGGUAUCAAAAAUCAGGGGUUUUCAAACCUAAGCUUAUAAAACUUCUUCCGGCUCCGUUACAAAUGGAAAUAGCCUACGAUCUGAAUGCAGUGCCUCUGUACAGUUCUUUACUAUUCAGAAAACUUCCGGAAGCAUUCCUUAGAAGACUAUCAGUGACCAUGACUCAUCAGUUUUAUUUACCCGGUGACAUUGUUUAUAAUCAUAAUCAAAGCAAGACUAUUAUGAUUUGUAUCACGAGCGGCGUUUUAGAAUUACUAUCUGAUGAAGAUGAUGAAAGUCCGAUGAUAUCUUUUGGCAAAGGAACAUGUUUCGGUGAGAUUUCUCUGGUAUAUAAUAUUCCAGCACGAUGUACAGUUAAGGCUGCAACAUACGUUGAAUGUCAAGUUCUUAAUAAGACUGACUUUAUACCGUUGAUGAUAACUUAUCCAGAUUUAGUUGUUAAAAUACGAAAUGAAAUCCAAGAAAGAAUUGAUAGGAGUCAUCGUAAAAAGCAUAAGCAGAGUAGGUACAAACAUUUAUCAUUAAAUAUUUAUGCAUCAAAAGAAAGGAAAAAGAGCAGCAUAAAAUGUUUAAAGGAAAAAUUACGAUACAUUCAAGGUAUAACAGACGACGAAUCCGUUCUAAAAGAUGACGAACUCGAUGAGAACUGUUUGAAUCUUUACAUAUUAUCGGAACAUAUUAAAAAGCGGACGAGUAACUUUACUUGCGCAAAAUCCAAAUUUCCCUGGAUAUUGGAAUUUGAUUGCAAUCUCGUCAAAUACUGGGAACGAUAUAUGCUUUUUGUUGUUUUUUACAUUUGUCUCGUAUAUCCGUAUUUUAUUGGCUUUGAAAGAAAAUUUCCAGCGGGAACAUUUUUUUACGCAGAAAUUGUAAUUGCAAUUUCUUUAAUACUGAAUGUUAUCAUAACAAUCGUAACUGCUGUGAAAACUAAAAGGACUUAUCUGAAAAAUUUUGUUGAAAUAUUGAAUUAUCGAAUGAAUACUUUGGAAUUCUAUAUGGAUGUUGUCGCAAUAAUUCCAUUUGAAUACAUCGUAACGAUACAUACUAACGCGUCUUAUCUAGACAAUUACAGGAACCAUCUUUUUUAUUUAUGCAAAGGAACAAAACUAUGUCUUGUUUGGAGAUUAUCAAAUUUCUUUGAGCAUCUGGAACGAAGGCUAUUGUCGAAUUCAAUAAUAGUCAAGAUUCUUAAGUAUUGCGUUUAUAUUGGAUUUAUAUGUUACUGGUCUGGUGUGAUUUUGUAUAUGGAAUCAUGUUUCGUGAAUAGAUGUUCUCAAAAUUCGUGGUUCGCUAGAGCUUUGACCUGGGAAGAUCAAAGAAGCGGCAUGACAUCUAACAAAUCUAAGUAUCACAUAUUAACUGCUAUAUAUUUUGCUACAACAACUUUGCUUUCUGUUGGAUAUGGAGAUUUCGUCCCUGGCGAUCAAUAUGAUAUGGCAUUCAUUGCGUUUCUCAGCUUGUAUGGUGUCUUGCUAUCCGGUUACUGUGUCUCUGAAUUUUCGGCUGUUGUAACUCAUUGGUCAAGGACAAAAACGGCUUUUUUGGAAGUUAUAAUAACCAUAGAUAAGUUUAUGAAGGAAAACAAUAUGCAUCCAGCAAUUAAAUCCAGGAUAAUGGCCUUUUACGAGUUGCAAUGGCAAUAUAAUUCGGGCGUUGAACUAACCGGUGAAAAUUGGCUGGAGAAAACAGUUGUGCCAUAUGAAUUGCGAAAGAAAGUACUCCACCAAGCGAGAUUCAAAACGCUGACUUCAAUAAAAUUUUUUCAAGUUAAAAAUAAAGCUUUCAUUCAUACUCUAACUGAAACAGCCAGCGAUAUAAUCCUACCACCAGGAGAAAUCGUUUACUACGGGGGUACCGUUACAAGAGAGCUAUACAUCAUUGAGAGCGGUUACUGCUUGGUGACAUCUACCGAGAUGAGAGAAACGAAGACGGAACGUGUCAUUGGCCCCGGGAACCAUCUGGGAUUAUUAGUAUUGUUGUACGGCGUGCCGGCUGUCAGUACUGUAAUUACUCUGACACAUUGCAAACUGAUCAGUAUAAGUCACUUUGCAUAUACAUCAGCAUUGAAUUUGUUUCCUGAUAUGCGAGAGCAUGAAGGUUUGCUUAGCGAUGAAGAGCUUAAAAAAAUCGAAGAAAAGACUAAAUUUAAAAACUCUGAUGCAUAUUUGAAGCAUUAUAACCGACUUAGAGCUCAGAAACAGAGAAAACAUAUAACGAAUAUGGUUCAAGACUUCUUUAAUGAUUCUUUUAUUAACGUAUUGGAUGAUUAUCGAAAGAAAAAAGAGAGUUAUUUGGAAUCAUUCAAAAAAUUCGAUGUUUUCAAUAAUGUUUCUCCGUAUCUGUUGUUACCAAUCGUGAUCAAGCCAGAUGGGAUAUUUCUAAAAUGUUGGGCCCUACUUAGAGUCUGUACUGCAUAUACGCUGAGUUUAUUGAUACCAAUUGUCAUAUCAAUGGCUCCGACCUGCAAACAGUUUAAUAUAGUAAUCGUUGUAUUGGAAUCGAUUUGCUACUUGGAUUUAUAUCUUAUGCUACAUGUAGCCUUCUAUGGAUCUAAAAAUCAACUAAUAUACCAUCCGUAUUUGACUGCGAAAAAUUAUCUAACAAGAACCUUUGGAGUAGAUCUGCUCACAUGUUUUCCUUGGUACGCAAUCUGGAUGCUUUUUGUACCAAAACAUGACGAAAAUCACACGGAAGAAGAUCACAUGAUCAAUUAUCAUGUGUAUCAUUGUAUUAUUAGAAUGGCUAAUGUUUUACAAAUUUAUAAACUUUAUUCUGCAUUUUGGGCGGAAUCUAUAGGUGCAUUAAAACGAGCCUACCUCAUGAGCGUGGUGCAGUUUCUUCUGUUAACACUUUUCGUCCUAAACUUUUAUACUUCAAUACUUAUAACGUUGACGUGUAGAUACGUAAUUGCUUAUGACAAAGACGAUUUCUUGAGGAAGCUUGAAAAACUAUCGUUACGUGGACCUUUUAUGAAAACAACUUACAAUCCAGAUGGAAACAUGAUCUGUAAACUUGGCUCGUGGAUAGACGGCAGCAAGAUUUUUAAAGACACCUACCUAACUCCAACUAAGGUGUAUUUGCUGGCUUAUUAUUGGGCAGCGACAAGUUUCACCGGCGCUGGUUUUGGUGAUAUCACUGCCCAAGACACCGCCCACAUGAUACUUUCGAUUUGCAUCAACAUACAUGGAGUUUUGUUUUUUGGGUAUGUGUAUGCUCGCAUUGCAUCACUGAAAGCAAUGGCUGAUCAAGUAGUUACAACUUUUCAAGAAAAUUUAAAACACUUAGUGUUGUUUUUAAAUCGGGAGAAAGCACCAUAUCUGUUAAAAAAAUCAGUCAUUGAUUAUUGGAAAUAUCAAUGGAAAAGAACCGGUGGGUGGUCGCAUCAAAAGAUUUUGGGGAAACUGCAUGCCAACUUAAAUGAAGACGCUGUUUUAUAUAUGUACGAAAAAACAUUGCGUGAAAUACCGUUAUUUGAAGAUGUGGAAUAUUCAUUCUUUAGAGCAUUCGCAAAAAAACUUAAAGAACGAUAUUUUCAAAAAGGCUAUAUGGUGAUGAGAUCUAAUGAGGUCAUAAGCAACAUGUACAUAAUUUACCGCGGUAAGGUGGAUAUUAUCACGAACAUUAAUGAAGUUGAAGCAUGUAUGGGACCAGGAGGUAUUUUCGGAAAUAUUCGUGGGGCAACAAAAUACUUAACAAUGUCAAAUAUUCUGGCGUCAAGAAAUAUUGACUUGCUGUAUAUAGGAGGCGCCGAAUUUUACACACUUUUAAAAAGUUAUCCAUCUGUGCUGAGGAAAGUUAAAUAUUCAGUAAAUACAACGACAAAAGAUUAUGUUUUACCCAUUGUUAUGUCUGAGAAAAAUAGCAUGGAAGUAAUGUAUCCUUUAACAUAUGAGGCUGAAGGAGAUGAAGACGAUGAAAUAGAACCAAAUGUUUUUCUAGAUAGUCCCGACACAAGUAUUGCUGAAUCUCAUGGUUCUAGAUCGAUAACUUCAGCUGGAAAUCUUGAUUACGUUGCAGCGACUUCGCUAAUUUUUAAACCCCACAGGUGGUUUCGUAGCAGCGUAGUGCCUGACUGCAAAUGGGUCACUUUUGUUGAUUACUUAAUAAUGUUUCUAUCGUACGUGGACUUUAUGAUUCUUGUUUAUCAAAUGGCAUUUUUAUCUAACGCUUACUUCUUUUAUAUAUGCAUUGUUUUCGAUGUUAUAUUUUUAUACAAAACCUUUUUGGACGUGCACAGCGGAUAUAUGAACAGAUACGGAGACUAUGUUUUGAACCCGAAAAAAGUGAGGCAAAUGUACUUCUCUAAAACUUAUCUUCGCAGACGCGACUUCUUAGUCAACUUACCGAUAUCAUAUCUUGCGUUUGCUUUAAAUCUACGUCAUCCAGUGCAACAUGCAUUAUUCUGCUACCUCAGGACUCCGCAGCUUCUUAGAAUUUCUUAUUUAUUUACAUAUCGACAACAUAGAAAAAUAAAUAUUGGAUCCGCAAACUUAUUUCUUAAAUUAACAACUAUUGCAAUUUGGGCUUCUCUGUUGUCCCAUGUAAAUGCGUGUCUAUUCUUUAAAAUGUCUUGCCUCACACCAGUGCAAUGUCAAUCGGCUAAUUGGAUUUCAAAAACGGAAUUAAAUUUACGCGCCAACUAUGCCCAGAAAAACUUUUUUCCGCUAUACGUGGCCUCACUGUGGUACAUGAUUAACUUAUUAACUAUAACUGGAACUGGAGACGUCUCUUCACAAAAUGACUUUGAAGUUAUCGAAACCGUAUUCAUAACAAUUAUAAUAAAAUUCUGCACUGGUCUUUUGAUAUCGGAGAUGUCAGCUAUGAUAACUGCACAUUCAUCAUCUCGUAUUGCUUACGACUACGGUAUAAACGAACUUCGGGACGGUCUUCGUGAUACGGAUCUCAGUGACCAUCAGAUGAAUAAAAUGUGGGAUUAUGUACGGGAGCUAUGGAACAGACAACAAGGAAAACAGAUGCCGAAAUUGGUAUAUAAGCUGCCGUUUCGACUUCGGUGUCAAGUUAUGCAAGCAGUUUAUGGAAGUCAUAUUAGAGAGUCAUUAAUAUUUAGGAACACUGACGACGAUUUUAAAAGAGUAUUGUCUAUGUGGUUGAAACAUUGUGUAUUUUUUCCUGGAAACUAUAUUGUUCAACGAGGCGAUGCAGAUCAGUGCAUAUAUUUCAUACACAGAGGAGAGGUCGAAGUUCUCACGGUUCAUCAGAAUUUAACUGAAUCUAUUUACGAUAUAUUGGGACCAGAAGACAGCUUUGGAGUGGCACAGGGACUCUUUGUUGGUAUAACGCAUCAUUUCUCGUUUCGAGCCCGAACUGUUGUUGACAUUGUGUACUUAAAAUUAGACGAAUGGAAAUAUUUACUGGAUUUUUAUCCGAAAUCUGCGAAACUUAUUCGAAGAAAAGUUGAAAAUGUUUAUUUAGCCAUAUAAUGCUUAAUACAACUUGAACCCUAUUUAUUUUUAUGA